AUGGUGUUUCACAGUUUGACCACUGAGGGCUGUGCUGACUCAUGUAACCCAGGGUGUGGGUGCGCUUGGCAGCUCCGAGAGAAAUAUGGGGAUGUCUUCACGGUAUACCUGGGACAGAGGCCCGUGGUCAUGCUGUGUGGGAUAGAGGCCAUAAAGGAGGCCCUGGUGGACCAGGCUGAGGACUUCUCAGGCCGGGGCAAAAUCGCCAUCCUUGAGCCAGUCUUCCAGCAAUAUGGCGUGUUCUUUUCCAACGGGAACCGCUGGAAGACCCUCCGGCGGUUUUCUCUGGCCACCAUGAGGGACUUCGGGAUGGGGAAGCGGAGCGUGGAGGAGCGGAUUCAGGAGGAGGCUCAGUGCCUGGUGGAGGAGCUGCGGAAAUCCAAGGGAGCCCUCCUAGACCCCACCUUCCUCCUCCAGUGCAUCACUGCCAACAUCAUCUGCUCCAUUGUCUUUGGAAAACGCUUCCACUACCAAGAUGAAGAAUUUCUGAGGCUGCUGGACCUGCUCUUCCAAUCUUCCGAACACAUCUGCUCUUUCUCUGGCCAGCUGUUUGAGCUCUUCUCUGACUUCUUGAAGUUCUUUCCUGGCACGCACAGGCAGGUCUGCAAAAAGCUGCGGGAAAUCAGUGCCUUCAUUGCCCGCAGUGUGGAAGAGCACCGGGAAACCCUGGACCCCACUGCCCCCCGGGACCUCAUAGAUGCCUACCUGCUGCGCAUGGAAAAAGAGAAAUCCAACCCACACAGUGAGUUCAGUGAGAACAACCUCAUCUUCAACACGCUCUCGCUCUUUUUUGCUGGCACUGAGACCACCAGCACCACCCUGCGCUACGGCUUCCUGCUCAUGCUCAAAUACCCCCAUCUAACAGAGAGAGUCCACAAGGAGAUUGAGCAGGUGGUUGGCACACAUCGCCCACCAGCCCUCGACGACCGGGUCAAAAUGCCGUACACGGACGCCGUCACCCACGAGAUUCUGAGGUUGGCAGACCUCAUCCCCCUUGGUUUGCCCCACAUUGUCACCAAAGACACCCACUUCCGAGGAUACAUCAUCCCCAAGGACACCGAAGUAUUUCCCAUCCUGAACUCUGCUCUCCGUGACCCACGUUACUUUGAAACACCAGAGGCCUUCAACCCUGACCACUUCCUGGAUGCCAAUGGGGCACUGAAGAAGAAUGAAGCUUUUAUUCCCUUUUCCUUAGGGAAGCGCAUCUGUCUUGGUGAAGGCAUCGCCAGGAACGAGUUGUUCCUCUUCUUCACCACCAUCCUCCAGAACUUCUCCCUGGCCAGCCCCGUGGCACCUGAGGACAUGGACCUCACGCCGCAGGAGAGUGGUCUGGGCAAAGUAGCCCCAACAUACCAGAUCCGCUUCCUGCCUCGUUGAAAGGCCUGAGGGAAAGGGGGAAAAGGAUUCCAGG